UGAGGUGAAGAUUGUGAUGGGUUGAUUGUACCUGGGUGUGCAGCAUCCAAGACUAAGUGAAAUCCAAAAGUUAUGUGCAAGAGAGGACACAACUAAUUCUCCUGGCUGAAAGGAAGAAUCCUUUGAUUUUGGUUUUGCCGCCAAGUUUCACACUUAUUUUCAAAUACUUUCCUGUUAUCUGCUGGGCCUCAGGAUGUUCAAAGAGUAUUUCCAAUAUAAAGGGCUCAGUUUUCCUCAAGUCAUCUAUGCAGAACCUGUGUUGCAGAUGGUAGAAAAGGAUUUCCAAGUCCGAGAUGACGAUAUUUUCAAUGUCACUUAUCAGAAAUCAGGAACUGUGUGGAUGCUGGAGAUUUUAAGCCUCAUCCGUAGCAAUGGAGACCCCGCCUGGUGCCAAACCACACCCAAUUGGGAUCGAGGCCCCUGGAUCGAGACAGUGAUAGGAUACAGGACAGCUGUGGCCAACAAAUCGCCACGCAUUAUUAGCUCUCACCUGCCUGCCCGUCUUUUUGCCAAGUCUUUCUUCAGAUCCAAAGCUAAGAUGAUCUACACAGUCAGGAACCCCAAAGAUGUCUUGGUGUCCCUCUAUCAUUUUGCUUCAAUGUUUCACCCCUAUAAAGACCCUGGGACCUUGGAUCAAUUUCUGGAGGACUUUCUAAAAGGAGACGUGCCUUUUGGAUCCUGGUUUGACCAUGUUAAAGGUUGGAUGAACUUGAAGGACAAAGAGAACUUCUUCUUCAUUACGUAUGAGGAGUUGCAAGAGGAUCUGCGAGGAAGUAUUGUUCGUAUCAGCAAGUUCUUAGGCAAAGAUUUAGAUGAUGCAGCCAUUGACUCUGUGGUUGCGAAUGCCUCCUUCGAAUCCAUGAAGAGUAAUAAGAUGUCCAACUUCUCACUCACCCCGAAGUUCAUCAUGAACCAAAAGAAAAGUGCUUUCUUUCGCAAAGGGAUUUCUGGAGAUUGGAAGAAUCACUUGACUAAGGCACAGAGUGAAUGUUUUGACCACGUCUACCAUGAGCGUCUACAAGAUUUAGGUGUCACUUUUCCCUGGGACAAGAAAUAAAUUUGCCUUUUUCCAGUUGA